AUGGCUUCACGCGCAGCGUUUGACUGGUCGGUGACCGACCCGCACCACAACGCCUCGUACAUGCGCUUUGCAUCGCGCCGCUCCACGGUGCUCUCGACCAAGGGCGUGGUGGCGUCGUCGCAGCCGCUGGCGUCGUCGGCGGGCAUCGAGAUUCUCAAUGCCGGUGGUAAUGCUGCCGAUGCAGCAGUGGCGGUGGCGGCGGCACUCAAUGUCACCGAACCCUGCAACACGGGCAUUGGCGGCGAUGCCUUCUGCCUGUUUUACGAUGCGCAGAAGCGGACGGUUCGUGCGUUCAAUGGCUCGGGCCGUGCACCGCAGGCCAUGACACUCGACGUGCUGCGCCAGAAGGGUGUGGACGGUGUCGAGAUCCCGGGAAACAGCAUCCACAGCGUUACGGUCCCCGGUGCAGCCGCGGCCUGGAUCGACACGGUGGAGAAGCUGGGUAGCGGCAAGCUGUCCAUGCACGAUAUCCUUGCGCCGGCGAUCAGGCUGGCCGAACAGGGUUACCCUGUGCAUGAGAACACGGCAUAUCUGUGGGGACGUAGCGAAAAGCUCAUCAAGGCUGCAUCGGCCAAUGCGGACGAGAUGUUGUUCGAAGGUAGGGCGCCCAGGACGGGCGAGCUGAUGCGCAUGCCCAACCUCGCACGCACCUUCCGCGAGCUCGCCACCAAGGGCAAAGAGGGUUUCUACACGGGCCGCGUUGCGCAGGCCAUCGUCGAUCUGGUCAAGAGCCAGGGCGGUGUGCUGGAGCUCGAGGAUCUUCAGGACCACCUCGAGCGCGGGACGGAGGAAGUGACGCCGAUCCAGUACACGUACAACCACCCCGCCAAAGCAGGUGAUCUGGCCGGCAGCGAGGGCGUGACGAUGUACGAGUGUCCUCCGAACGGACAGGGCUUGACGACGCUUGUUGCGCUGGGGAUUCUGGACGAGCUUCAGAACCAGGGCAAGGUGGCGGAUCUUGCGACGGUGGAGCACAAUGGUGUCGAGUAUCUGCAUGCGCUGAUCGAGGCGCUGCGUCUGGCAUUUGCCGAUACGAGGUACCAUGUGUCGGACCCGCACCACUCGGAGCACGAUGUAGCUAAGCUGCUGCUGGACCAGCGAUACCUUGCGCAGCGGGCGCAGCUGUUUGAUGCGUCGCGUGCCAGUGUGGACCUCGAAAAGGGCAGUCCGGCCAAUACGUGCGAUACGGUCUACUUCUCCGUCACGGACAAGGAGGGCAAUGCAUGCAGCUUUAUCAACUCCAACUACGCCGGCUUUGGCACGGGCGCCGUUCCCGCCGGAUGUGGCUUCACCCUCCAGAACCGCGGUGCGGGAUUCACGCUGUCCGAGGGCCAUCCGAACUGCGUUGCGCCGCGCAAGAGACCGUACCAUACCAUCAUCCCCGCCAUGGCUACGCGCGGCGACGAGCUCUUCCUCAGCUUCGGCGUGAUGGGCGGCUUCAUGCAACCCCAGGGCCAGGUCCAGGUGCUCAUGAACAUCCUCCACCACGGAUUCACCGUGCAGGACGCACUGGACGCCCCGCGCUUCUGCAUCGGCGCAGGCAUGGCUGGCCCAGAAGGCGCCACCAGCGAAGUGUACUUCGAAGAGGGAGUCAGCCAGCAGGUGGUGGACCAGCUCGAAAACAUGGGCCACAAGGUCAAGCUCGUCAGCGGCUGGGGCAGAUUCCAGUUCGGAAGGGGCCAGGUGAUUCAGAAAGUCCACAACAACGCCGGUAAGCUCGUCUGGGCCGCAGGAUCCGAUCCGCGCGCCGACGGACAAGCCAUCGCCCAGAUCUAA